AGAAAGAGUUGAGAGAGUAUAAACGCGUGUAUUUCAUUUUCAGAACCACAAAGGCCAGAUUUUCCCGCCACGAAAUAUUGGGAAGAGAGAAGAGUUCGAAGCAGAGGGUCUAGGGUUUCCGGGGAAAGGGCAACUGGCGAAGCAAAAUCUCAACAAUGGCUUCCGCUCUUGAGGAUUUAUCUCAAUUCGAUGUUUCAAACGAGGAGAAGGACAGGCUGGUAGCAGAAGUUAUCCGCUAUGUGCUAUUCAAAACCCACCAAACUGCAGGCUGCCCAAUCAAGAGAGAGGAGCUCACUCAACUCGUCUCCAAAAACUAUCGCCAACGAGCUCUACCUGGCUUUAUCAUUAACGAGGCCAAAGAGAAGCUUUCUACCAUUUUUGGCUAUGAAAUGAGGGAGCUUCAACGUUCUCGACCUUCCUCGGCAAGCCAGGGCCGCUCUUCUCAACAGAGUGUUUCAGAUGCAAAAUCCUACGUCAUAAUGAGUAAAUUACCGGGUGAUGCUUAUAAAAAAUAUGUUGAGGAUGCAAAUACGGCUCAUUUGUCUGGUUUCACUUUUGUUGUAAUUAGUAUUGUACAUCUUGCUGGUGGAAAAGUUGCUGAAGAGGCCCUUUGGCAUCAAUUAAGGCGGUUGGGAUUGGAUGAACGUAGUGAAAGCCAUCCUGUCCUUGGAAAUGCUAAGCAGGCAUUAGAAACACUUGUCCAGCAAAGAUAUUUGCAGAAGGAUAAAGUAAGUGGACCUGAAGGCACCACUUUGUUUUAUGAGCUUGCUGAGAGAGCUUUAGACAGACCUGUCAGUGAGAAGAUUAAAGAAUACAUAUCAGAGGUUGGGAAGAAAGAGGUGACUUAUGUUGAUGAUGACUAGUCCUGUUGCAAACAUAAGUUAACUUUGUAGAUAAUAUUUUAUUUGUUAUAAUGGUAGUAUUAGAGGAUAUGAUACUUUGUUGCCCUACCCAUAUGACUCUUGAAGGAGUCAUUUGAUGUCCUUCACUUCUUUUUUGUUGGAGUAUUUGCUCUAUCUAUUGUUGCAAACUGGCAAAGUAGUAAGAUGGUGAUAACCUUACAUGAAAUAGACUGGACUGAAGGUGAAGUUAACAGCUUUGGUUUAGCAUUUUUUGUUUCUUUGUGGCUUUUUGGGAGGAAUGAUCAUUAUAUUUUUUUGAUUUUUGUGGAUCGGUAUUGUCAUGCAAAAAAUUGUAUUUAGCUGGACAUUUUACAUGGCCCAGGCUCCAAAAAACUAUUCUUUACUUUUCGUGUAGUUAGCAGCUAAAAGCAUAUCUUGGACCCAGGUGACAAUUGUUGUGUGUGACUAUUGUUUAAUGACAAAUUUUGGAACCGCAAGGAUUGAAUGC